AUGUUGAAACUUAUGCUUCUCGCUCUGAUUGCUGCCAAUGUACAUAAUUGUCUUUCGCAAUCAAUCACUGCUGCUCAAUUGAAAGCCAUUAUGCCCAAUUCCAAGCAUCCUGAAUAUUUAAGUCACAUUAAUGCAGCUCUGGUCGAAGGUUCAAUCAAUACAUGUCACCGUAAGGCAGCUUUUCUUGCUCAAUUAGCCCAUGAAUCUGGCCAAUUAGUUUACAUGGAAGAACUAGCUUCAGGCGCAGCCUAUGAAGGUCGCUUAGAUUUAGGCAAUACACAGCCAGGUGAUGGUGUACGAUUCAAAGGACGAGGUCCCAUUCAACUUACAGGUCGAGCCAACUAUCGUGAAGCUGGAAGAGCUUUGGGGAUCGAUUUGGAAGCCAAUCCACAGAUAGUUGCAACACCUGCAGUCGGUUUUCGCACAAGUGUUUGGUUUUGGACUAAACACAAUUUGAAUGCUUUAGCUGAUGCUGGAACAUUAGAUGCUUUUCGACAAAUUACCAGAAAGAUUAACGGUGGAACUAAUGGACAGGCCGAUCGUGAAAACUACUGGGCUAAAGCAAAGAGUGCAUUAGGUUGUGGAAGUGGCACAGGAGUUGUAUCAUGCACAGCCGAAGGUAAAGCGGGUCAAUGCAUAGCAUCAACGUCAUGUAACGGAAAAUCAGUUGCUGGUCUUUGUCCAGGAGCAGCCAACAUCCAAUGUUGUAUUCCAGCAACUACUCCAUGCACAGUCAAUGGACGAGCUGGUGUCUGUAAAGAUAAAGCAACUUGUACUGGCGCUGCACAUGCUGGUUUUUGUCCAGGUGCUGCCAAUAUUCAAUGUUGCGUUUGA